CGGCUGUUGAGGGCCGCGCUUCGGCCGACACGCGGAUCUCUGAGCCUCACGUAGGGUCGCGUCUGCUAGGUGGCUAUUGCUAUUAUCAUACGAGUUGAUGCCCUUUUCCAUCAGCUUUAUAUUUACAUGAUUACUGUUUCCAUUAGUGGUGAUUCAAACACGUCCGGGGUCCGUUUUAGUUCGGAUUGGGACGGAGAGGUUAAGCAGAGUCUUCCCAACAGCACAGCUUAGUUAGCAAUGUCGGGUGUAGUGCGAGGCCCCGCCGGGAACAACGAUUGCCGGAUUUACGUUGGGAAUCUUCCCCCCGAUAUUCGCACCAAAGACGUGGAGGACGUGUUCUACAAGUACGGAACGAUCCGAGACAUUGACCUGAAGAACCGGAGAGGAGGGCCGCCCUUUGCCUUUAUUGAAUUUGAAGACCCGAGGGACGCAGAUGACGCGGUCUACGGACGCGAUGGCUACGACUACGACGGCUACAGACUGCGUGUGGAGUUUCCUCGCAGCGGCAGAGGCUCCAGAGGCGGCGGGUACGGUGGAGGGGUUGGCGGAGCACCCAGGGGCAGAUACGGACCACCAUCCAGACGCUCGGAGUACAGGGUCAUCGUGUCAGGUCUCCCCCAGAGUGGCAGCUGGCAGGACCUGAAGGACCACAUGCGUGAGGCUGGUGAUGUGUGCUAUGCCGAUGUUUACAGAGAUGGAACUGGGGUCGUAGAAUUUGUUCGCAAAGAGGACAUGACCUAUGCCGUUCGAAAGCUGGACAACACCAAAUUCCGCUCGCAUGAGGGAGAGACCGCUUACAUUCGUGUGAAAUUAGAUGGUCCCCGCAGCCCAAGUUAUGGAAGAUCCCGUUCUCGCAGCCGUGGCAGCAGGAGCCGAAGCCGCAGUCGCAGCGCCAGCCGCAGUCGCAGCAAUUCCCGUGGCCAUGGCCGAGGAUCGCCUCGCUACUCUCCUCGUCACAGCCGCUCUCGUUCCCGUUCCUGAACUACCGUUGAUGUUAAGCCCUUUUGAUGUGUUCCCUCCUGUUUUUACCUCUGAGUUUCUCCAGAUGUCAGCUAUUGAUUUUUUAUUUCUUGCAUUUCUUGUCCUUGUGGAUGAUCUUGGUAUGUAGAUGUACCCCCCCCCUCCUGCACCCACCCAUUCUCUAUUUUCCUCCCCUCUCCAACUACUUUGCCCUCUUGUUUUGUCCCCUUCUCUCCGUCUUCCUGUCAUCUCAGAUUUUGCAACAUCACACACACUUUGGCGGUCAACUUCAAAAAUGUUGAGCUGCACUCAAUGUUUUUGGAAGUAUUGAAAUUUUCGUUUCAGUGGGUUUUUAUUCUUUUAGUAGCCUUUUUUUGGAAAUGUGGGGUGGGCCUCUGACAUUGAGCCCAAUCCAGUGCUUAACUGUAUUUUACCCUUGUGUCUUCCUUUAGACAUCUGAGGAGAAGGAUUAAAGUGAUUUGGAAUAAAACCAUUGUGGAGCACAUUUCAUUUGUAUGAUCAGGAUAGGACAUCUAGGAGCAAUGAGGUCGAGGCGAUGGUAUGCUUCAUAUUCCAUAAGCUGAAUAUUUUGUUAGGUUUGCCAUGUCAUGCAUGUUAUUUAACAGACAUGUGGUUGUACUUUGUUAGAGAGUUUGUAACAUGCUACUUUGCCCUCUGACAGAAUAAGCAGUCCUAAAUCAAGUGUUGUGAUGUAAGUGUAACGCUUUCAAUGUCAAAUGUAAAAGACCUAAAUCACUUUUUUACAAGAGCCUCCCAAUUUUAAAGUUCCUAGUAGGUAAACUAUUUCAGUGUCAGGGAGCAAGGCUUUGUGCUUAGUAGCUUUUUUAGUUGACAUUUUUGUAAAGUCUGACAUGUCUGUUUCAACAUGGGGGAAAAAUAAAAAUAGGCCCAAAAAUCUUGACAUUUUAUUCUAACAGUUUCCCUCUGAUUUUUUCCUGGUAUUUCAAGGUUUUGAUUGGAGGAGUGGCUCAGUGGAUCCCAAUCCUUGGAGCUGGAUGAGUGGAUCGAUUAGGAAAGGGAUAGGCAAGGAUGGAUGCUUGGAACGGGAGCACUUUUCGAGGAUUCAAAUGAGUUUAUCAGAACUAAUUGGGAGUCCCAGAGCAACUUUUUAAAUUUUUUAACCAUUUUAGGCCCCUUUGCCUAUCUUUUUUUUCUCCCUUUUUUCUCCCCCCACCCCCUUCUUUUUUUUUUUUUUUUUUUUUUUUAAAGCUUUUCACUGAUUAUGGCUUUAUUGUACAAGAAAACGAAACAGGACCAGGAAGUUGGAUCAAAGGAUGGAGUCGUAGAUGCCUGGUAUGAGGGAAUUUUAAAUAAAUUUGGGAGGGGGUGAUUAUCUGGGAGUAGAAUGUCUUUAUUUUUGCAUAACUUUCUUUUUCUUUUAGCAUUUUCAAUAAAACAGUUGAAAACAA